UUCUCAAUCCAAAAUACAAAGCCCCCAGCAGGGAAAGCUUAACCAACCACUUAAUCCCUGCUUGGUAUGGUGUGGAAAAGGGAAAUGUGAUCUCUGAACUGAAAACAGUGUCAAAGGCAGCUAUCACGGCUGAUGGGUGGACAAGCUUUUGUCAGGAUCAUUAUCUCACGGUUACUCUGCACUACGUGAGCAAUGGCCAGGUAAAGGAAAAGGUCCUAAAAACCAAAGCCGUGUACCAAUCUCAGACAGGCUCAGCUGUAGCAGAGGAGAUUGAUUACAUUUUAGAAGAAUAUGGUGUACGGGAAAAGGUUGUGGCAGCAACUGUAGACAAUGCAGCGAACAUGGAUGUAGCCAUCAAACAGCUGCAAAUUGUCAAAUUUCCAUGCUUCGCUCAUACGCUGAACCUGGGAGCGCAAAAGCUGUACAACUGCACUGCCAUAUCCAAUUGGGCAGCACGAGUUCGAGCAGUUGUUGUCUGGAUGAAGAGGUCCCACAUGGCAAAAGUUGUUCUUAAAGAGAAACAAGACUUGCUCAAGCUGCCCAAGCACAUGCUCCUCCUGGAUGUAAGGACCAGAUGGAAUUCCCUCUAUUUGAUGAUGGAGAGAUUCACCGAGCAGUUCCCUACUAUCCAGGCUGCAGCCAUAGAUCCACGCAUAAGAAGGCCCAUGGAGAAGGAAAGGUUGGACAGAAUAGGCAACGAGGACUUAAGGAAAGCAGAGGAGUUUGUGCAUCUCAUGCGGAAGCAUUACACCUCCACACUGGCCGUCUCCAGCGACAAAAGUGCAACCUGCGGUGAGAUUUUGCCCAUCUUGCAGAAGCUGGAGCAACAGUACACUGUGCAGGAAGGUGACUCUGCGUUCACAAGGAGCAUCAAGGAGAACAUUUGGAAGGAUCUCUCCAAACGCUACCAGGGAACUGACAUUCAGAGAUUCCUGGAGGAAGCCACCAUCUUGGACCCCAGAUUUAAAUACAAAGUGAAAAGUGAUGCAGUCUGGGACAGGAUCAGGGAAGCUGCAAUAACAGCAAAUACAGUGGCAGCAAGAGAUGAGCUCCCAGGGGAAGGAGAGACACAGAGGGAAGGCUGCGAAGAUGGGGAGGAGGAAGAGAGAGGAACACUAUGUAAGUUAACUCAUUCAUUUGCACUGCCACCACCAUCAAAAAAGACAGCCUUGGAAGAACUAUUCGAGGAGGAGGACAACGAGCUGCAGUCAAUCCGUGAAUCACAGCCCCGUCUUUCCCUGGCUCAGAAGGUGGAUCAGGAAAUCCAGUUCUACAAAAGCCUGCCCUCCAUCCCCUGCAGGGAUAGCGCCGCACUGUGGUGGUGGAACAAGCAGGAUACGCUGCCCUUGCUAUCUGGACUGGCUGAAAACUACCUCUGUGUGCAGGCUUCCUCCACCCCAUCUGAGAGGGUGUUCUCCACGGCUGGAGACACCAUAAGCCCCGAAAGAUCCCGUAUCCUUCCAGAAAAAGCAGAUAUGCUCAUAUUUCUGCAAAAGAACUGUUAA